AUGUCGACACCCGCGACUGUUCGUGUAAAUACUCUCAUGCAAUGCAAGGAAAAACCUUACACUGAUCCUAUUACAAAGUUUUAUAUCGUAAUCGAGUCUAUAAUAGCCCUUAAUCGGCUUCCUUUAAUCUUUACUAAAUAUGUGUCUACCUAUUUCCCAAUAGCUAUGAUUUACUCUCUUAUAGUGAUAUGCGGAUUAUGUUACUCUUAUUACGGAACUCAUUUGAAUACCGAAAAUGGUGCUACAUCGAUGAAUCACUGGGAGUACAUGUUUUGUGUCGGGUUCGGGAUAGCCACGUGGAAAAGAUUGCAGAGGUAUUAUAUAGAACUGAACAAAUUCGAUGUCGAAGUCGGAUGCCGCCCGAAGAUCACAACAAUGUCCGUUAGAAAUACAGUUAUUAACAUUAUUACAUUAUUUUUCGUGACUGUUUUCUAUGUGACAUCGUAUUACGUUGACACGUUGCAAACACUAUGGUUCCAUAUGUUACCUGUUCAUUAUAUUCACUCUCUAGAAUUACAUUAUUAUGGACAUCUCUUGAGCCUUCUUGCGACGAGGCUUCGUUUGAUCAACUACUAUACGGAAUCGUCUCUGUCGGAUAUCAAAAUGACGACACGACCGAAAGUGGAGGAAUUUGUAUAUUUCAAAUAUAAGAAUGUUACAAAUGGCGAGAUGAAGAAAUUGAUGGACCUGUACCAUUCUAUUAUUAUGGCUUAUGACUUUCUAGUCGAUGCUAUUAAAUGGCAGUUAUUGGUGAUCAUAAUUACAUCUUUCAUAUCCAUUUUGUGGCUAGCUUAUCAUGUGUCCUUGAGUAUCAUCAGAAACUCUGACCCGCUGGUGUAUAUAGUCACCGACGUAGGGUUAACUAUAACGAAAAUGCUACCACUAUUUUCGCCUUGUGUGUUCGGCGAUCGAGUUCACAGUGAGGUGAGGCGAUUGCGAGAAUUACUCGCUUCCAGGCUCUACGAGAAUAAACUAGACAAAUCAAGUCGCAGCACAGCCAGGGCCCUGCUGGCCCUGACCGAAGCCCGAGAUCUAUCUUUCUCUCUCUUGCGCAUGCUGGAAAUUGAUGUGUCCUUCCCUUUCAAGUUCAUCGGGCUGCUCAUCACAUAUCUGAUUAUACUAUUACAAUUCGAGAAGGUUAUAAAUCCAUAAAACGUAUGUAUUACUGAUAGAAAAUCUAUUGUCAGAGUUUGGAAUGUUUUUAUUACUGUUAUUGCUUCUGUUAGGUUCUUUUUCACGAUGUUCGCGUUUUUCUCCAGCGAGAAUAUUUUCUAAAAUGGCACCAGAUUGUUAUUCCAUCGAAUAUGUAAUAUUCUGUUGCAACUAUUCUUUGAUUUAUGUAAUCGAUUGAAAUUGAAUUAUAGGCGGAUAGGAUCUGUGAAAUGUGAUAAAUAAAAUUAUAUACCG